AGAAAAUCAUGUUAUCUCAUUCCGUGGUUAACGAUCAUCGUUUGUUUUGAAUACUUGACCGUUCGAAAUUCAAAUACCCGUAUAUAGACUAGACUGUUGACUAGGUAAACUGUUUGUCGUCAAGUAUUAUAGACUACUAUAGAUGACUUUAUUAAACGUUUCACUUCUUUUUAAUUUAAAAUGAUAUUUUAUCAAUUACAGUGGUUUAAUUAUCAUAAUAUACGUUAGUGAUCUGAUGUUUGUUUUUAUUAUUUCUGUAAUUGAUAAUUAUGUUUCAUUAAUAAUAUUAUUUGUUGAGUUUAUGUCGAGUCUAUAAACAUGUCCAAAUCAGGAAUAGAACCUAAAGCUUCGUCCACGGCUGUUAAAUCUCAAGAUCAACGGUCUUUAAGAAAUUAUCUUAAGAAUUCCAGAAACAAUGAAACAUUUGGUUCAACAUACUCCGAUGAAUUGACUGAUUGCAAUUUAGGAACAAAAACCUUAUCAGAAAUGUCAAGCAAUAAAAAAAAUUUACAAAUGGAUAGUAUGUAUUCAUCAUUUGGUGGGCAAUCUUCUUUGGGAAUUUUUGAACUAGAAAACAUGUCUGAUAUAGGUAAUAUAUACAAAAAAGAAUCAUCACAAUACAAUAUUCAUAAUAACCAACCUGUUUUGCAACGUCGUUUAAGUCAAGCUACUCAAGCUAGAAAUACUCUUGCUAGAGCAAGUUCAAUAAAAAAUAUUGUUAAUAAUAAUGAAGUUAAUGAGCAGAAUGUCAGGUCAUCUUUAAUAAAUGUAACCAAUUCAUUCAAAGAAAUGUUGAAAAGCAAUUUUAAUGAUUCAUGCAGUUCAUUUUCUAGUAAUGAUUUUAUAUGUGGUAGUGACUUUAAGGAAAAAUUAGCAGAAACUGAAGAAAUCAAUCGCAAAGAAUUUGGAUCAUUAUCUGAAAGUCGUUUUGAUUUUUCUUUGGAAGGAGAAAAGCAGUCCAAUGAAAAUGCAUCAUUUGCUGCUAAUUAUUUUGCUGCGAAAAGUAUACCUGUAGAAGACUUAUCUGCAAUUUUUCCUAAAAGAAAAAAUUGUAAUAACACAUUUACAAAAGAGUUAAAAGGAAGUUCGUUUUCAGUUCCAAGUGAUAUUAAAAACAACCCAGAAGAUCAACAAGCACAUGUAGGUUACAAGACAAUGUCUUCAAUUACAUCUUGGACUGACAGUCAUGUAUCCAAUAAUUUAUUAAACUUAACAAGUUUGUCUGAUAUUUCUGAAGUAUUAACAUCUAAAACGAAUUCAGCUAACCCAAAAGAAUUGACUGAAGUAUUGCUAUCAGGAGAUUUGUCUGAUGACAGACAGUUGAAUGAAUCUUAUAAGUUUCCUCAAAGACGAUUAUCUACUUCCACUAGAUUCUCUUAUGCUUCGCAAAAUCUUGAGCAUGCAGAACUAUAUUUUCAAUCUUUAGAAAAUUGCAGUUUUAUUUCUCCUCAAAAAAAGAUUACAAGUAUCCAUGAAACAACUUUAGAAUUGAACGAAAGUAACUCGGUAAAAAAUUAUGAUAAUAAUAGUGAAAUAUGGAUAAAUACUUCAAAUCAGUAUACACCAAACAAGUAUAAUUCAUCCAUUAAUUUUAAUAAGAAACAAACACAAACCCAAAUAAAUAAAAGUUGUCAUUUUUUUUUGACUCCUAAAAGUGGAUAUUUUGAAGACUGCACAUUGGGAACAUCAGAGAUACUAGAAAACAAUAUUGAUCUUUCAAAUUUUUCUAUUUUAACUAAUAAUCAUGAAGUUCUGACUGAAAUGUCUUUAGAUAAAUCUACUAAUAUUUCUAAAAUUGUCCAUUGUAAUGAAUCUAUAAGUCAAGAUAAAUUAAAUCAAUCAAACGUUCAAGAUUACAGAAAAAUUAGUAAAAUGCUUGAAAUUGGUGAUAUAUGUAUUGGAACUUACUCUCAAGCUGUAAUAACAUUGGAAAAUCAAUUAACCAUUGAAGCUAAAUACACAUUAUAUUUAUUGGACACAUCGCUUAACCAUAAUAAUGAUUUUAAAUUUGAUGAAAAUAAAGCAAUUGGAUCAAAUGUAGCAACUAUAUUCUGUUCAGAUAAAACUUGCAUUAUACCACCAUUAUCUGAAGCUUCAUUUACUAUUGGGAUUAUUCCCUUAGUUUCUGGAAGUAUAAAUAUUUAUAUACAACUUAAAAGUGAUGAUAUAUCCCAAGAAAUUUAUCGUAACAUUCAAAUUCAUUCUAUUGAGCCUCAAGUUUCAUGGAUAAAUAACUCUUUUGGCUCUAUAGAUUUUGGUUUAUUACCAGAGUUAACAAAAAAGUCAUUACCAAUCAAGUUAAUGAACAAAGGAACAUACCAAGUUCCUAUUAAAUUUAUUUUAAACCAGGAUAACUGUGAUGACAUUAUUCAGGCUAAAGCUAUUCUAAAACCAUCUGAAUUGUGGCAAUGUGAUGUGAACAUGUUAACAACUCAUUUUUCGAAAACUAAUUGCAAACUAACUGGUCGACUUCAAGUAGUUUUAGAUUCUGUUGAACAAUUAUCUACCAAUUAUUCGCCGUUGUUAUACUGUUGCAAUUUAACAGGACGUGUUGGUUUUACAUCUAUCUCUUUUGAUCAGAAUCCUUUAUUAUUGCAAAAAUCUGGGCGGUAUUCAUUGAAUGGUACUAUAGAAAUAACAAAUAAUAGUGAAAUUCCAAUUAGUUUAAGUGUACUACAAAAUAACAAACAAUGUGGAGAAUUUACAAUUCAGCCUGAUAAAUUCAAAUUAGCUGUUAAAGAAAAAGUUAAAAUGAAUGUUGUGUUUUCCCCAUCCAAGUCAAUUAAUUAUUUCAAUGAAACAAGUAUUUGUUUACAAGUUGUGUCUUCGCAGAAACAAUUUUUUUUUAAAGUCAACUAUAUUGAAUCUAAAGUUGAGUUUCAACAAAUGAGUUCACCAUCUUCACGACCUAUAUCUCCUUGGAGUACAAGUUCAUCAAGUGCCGUUGGACGGUUAGAAUUGGAAUCUACAUGUUCAAGUUUAAUAUGGGGAAGUGUACCUUCAAAUACUAAAUCAGUGCAAACAUUUACCUUACGCAACCGUGGUUUGCAUAAGGAAAAACUGCAUUUAAGAAUAAAAGAUAAUAGGAAUUGUUUUAAGCUGAUAUCUUCUGGCGAAAAUCAAGUGACAGAAAUGAAAUUGUUACUAGAGCCAAUGGAAAGUCAAAAAUUGAGUGUAGCACUUAUAUCCACGUCAAAUGAAGGCCAGGCUUAUGGUCACUUAAUUUUGCAAAGACAGCAUAGCAAUGACAAACGUGUGAUUUCAUUAUAUGGUUAUUGUGGUCAUUCAGUUAUUGUAAUUCGUGGUCCAUUUGAGGACAACUUUGGUAACAUGUGGUUGUAUCCAAAUCCCCAACUUAUGACAUCUCAAUUGUCUAUAACAAACUCUGGAAAUACUGCUGCAUUUGUGAAAUUUAUUCAAGAAAACUCUUCAGAAGAUAUAAUUCAGCCGGAUGAGUUUAUAUUGAAAAAAGGAGAAACCGCUAAUGUCGAAAUUACAAUAGUUAUGAGUCCAGAACGAUUAGAAAUGUUAAUUGGACAAAAUUGUAGCUCAAAAGUUAUUAAUAUAAAUAAGAUAUCAUUGAUUUAUGGUGAUGAAGCAUCUAGAAUGCGUUUAUCAAGGCUCUGGAAAAAAAAUAAAGAUAAAAAGAAAAUUGUAUACCUAAACCAACAACGUUUAGAUGAAAUAUCAAACAUGUUCAAUGGGGUUCAUCUUGUUAAUGUGGAUCAUCUUGAAGAUACCGAGAAAUCAUUGCCUAAACUAUGGAAAAUGGGUAUAAGUGAAGAUAGUAUUGUGGUUUUGAUGGAAACAAGUAAUUUAGAGUCAUUAUUAUGUGAUACAACAACAGUUUUUAGUGAACUAGAGACAACUGUAAUCAGCAGACUACCCUAGUAAAUUGUUCUAUAUAUGAAUACAUUUUUUUUUUUUUAUAUAUAUAUAUUUUAUAAUAUUAAUCGUAUCUAAUGUUCAAAAUUUUAUUAUUUUCAUGAUCUCUAUAUUUUUUUUAUGUACAAUGAAAUGUGUUUAAUAAUCAUUUAAACUUUUAAAUAAAUAUACAUUUAUACUUUA